AUGCACCUCGGAGUAAAUAUAUCAAAUGCUCUCCAGCAAUUAGAAAGUGUGAAGGUUGCAGUUGAUCAAACAGAUGACCCAAAACUCAAGGCUGCAACAAAUGAUGACCUAAAUAUGCUUAUUAACCUUUUGGAAAGUCCAAUUUUAAGAAGUAUUGCAACCUUACAUGAUUCUGUUGCUAUGUUAGCUACUCAGGUCGCUCAUCAUCCUUCAAUUCUUCCAGGGGAUUUUGAUAUUACUCCAGCUGGUGAUUUAGCUUUGCAAACGAGAAACCUUUAUGGUUCGCACGAGGGAGAGGAAGAGCAAAGAGUGCCGCAGGUUUCACCACCACAUAGCUUGGAGUUCGGGUCAAACUCAGAAAAUGAGCGAAUAAUAGGUCUUGAUACAGCUUCUGUUGAUUCCAGCAUGUCUCCAAAACAGUCGCGUGGUUUGCUGGACUUGUCGCGCAAUGACGACUCUUUAGCUUCGACUUCUACCAACAUAGUCGCCGGUGACUGGGCUCAAGUUGAGACUAUCAACUUAGUAAACGAUGGAACUGGAUUAGGAUUUGGUAUUAUUGGCGCUCGAACAACUGGUGUCAUUGUAAAAACUAUUUUGGCGGGUGGUGUCGCAGAUCGUGACGGCAGACUCAAGUCAGGAGAUCAUAUAUUGCAAAUAGGAGAUGUAAGUCUUAUGGAAAUGGGGUCGGAACAAGUGGCCGGUGUGUUGCGGGCGUCAGGGUCCAGGGUUCGACUGGUGGUGGCCCGCGCCGUUGACCCGGCCGCGGUACACGCUUCCAUUGCUCCUAUCGUACCUGCGAGACUCCUGUCCAACCCGGAGGCUUUGGAUCGGUAUCUCUUGGAUACUGGUUUCGAGCAAGUGUUCAACACCCAACCAACACCAGUUCCAAGUAAUCCACCAGCGUCGAGAUUCGUAUUUAGCAGUGCUGUUACACCGCCGCCUGAUGCAGAUGCUGAAUCACCAGAAGUUGAUAGAUUCACAGUGCAAUUAAAGAAGGAUGAAAAUGGAUUGGGCAUUACAAUAGCGGGGUACGUGUGCGAGAAGGAGGAGCUGUCGGGCAUCUUCGUGAAGUCGGUGACGGCGGGCAGCGCGGCGGCGUUGAGCGGCGCGGUGCGGGUCAACGACCGCAUCGUGGCGGUGGACGGCGUGUCGCUCGCCGGCAAGUCCAACCAGCGCGCCGUCGACGCGCUCAAGCAGAGCGGCAGCGUCGUCACGCUCGAGCUCGAGAGAUAUUUACGCGGGCCGAAGUACGAGCAGCUGCAGCAGGCGAUCGCGGCUGGCGAGAGCGCGGCCAGCGCGCCCGUGCACAACCCCUUCCUGCACAUGCACCGCCCCGACCCGCACCCCGCGCAUGCCGCUCACCCCGCACACCCCUCGCAACACGACAUACCCAUGAUGCAUCUCAACAACACUUCGGAAAUGAAUGAGGAGGAUAUCGCGGAACCGCCUCUAGCACGCAGCCCUACACCGCAGCCUGCAUUCGAGAUGCCACGUACACACGAACAAAAGGAAGCAAUCCGACGCAAGUGGCAGGCAAUAUUGGGUGAUGAUGUUGAGAUCGUUGUGGGUGUGGUUGUCCGUGGUGGUGGUGGGCUUGGUAUCUCGUUAGAGGGCACCGUGGAUGUGGAGGGCGGACGUGAGGUGCGACCACACCAUUACGUGCGCAGUGUGCUGCCUGAAGGACCCGUGGGCCGUGCCGGAGUACAUCGCCCUGGUGAUGAAUUACUCGAGGUGAACGGGCACCGGCUGCUGGGUAUGAACCACCUGGAGGUGGUGUCGAUCCUGAAAGAGCUGUCGAGCGAGGUCUGCAUGGUGUGCGCACGGCCGCGCGCCGCGCCCGCGCUCGACCUCGCGCCUCCUUCCGCCACCCUCGUCAAGGCGAAGUCUGACGGCAGCCUGGCGGGUGCGGGUGCCGAGGAGGGUGGCGCGCUAUCGGCCGGCGGCAAGGUGCGCUCGCGCAGCCUCGAGCCGCUCACCGGCCUUGCCAUGUGGGCCUCCGAACCGCAGAUUAUUGAAUUGGUGAAAGGAGAGCGUGGAUUAGGAUUUUCGAUACUUGACUACCAAGAUCCUCUACGGCCGUCGAAGACUUUGGUGGUGAUUCGUUCCUUGGUACCGGGCGGCGUGGCGCAGCAGGAUGGUAGGCUCAUACCCGGCGACAGGCUGCUAUUCGUCAACGACCAGAAUUUGGAAGACGCAAGCCUAGAGCAAGCAGUGGCGGCGCUGAAGGGCGCCCCGCGGGGCGUGGUGCGCAUCGGGGUGGCCAAACCGCUGCCGCUGGCCGACGCGCCCCCACCACUGCCCUCCUCCGCUCCCCCCCCUCACACAACACUGAUUAAACUACCAUCGGCAACAAAGUAA